AUGAACAGUUUAAUUAGAUCUACUGCCAGGUGUCUCCGCUCGGGCGCGGCGGUCUGUGUGCCUAGGCAAGCGGAUGGACGCGUGUGGUCGGCCUCGGUCAGGUUUCUGUGCGCGGCGGCGGACCUCCAGAAGGACCUUGGUGAAAUGGUGAAGAAGGACAAAGUGGUGGUGUUUAUCAAAGGGACGCCAGCCCAGCCCAUGUGUGGCUUCAGCAACGCGGUGGUUCAGAUCCUCCGGAUGCACGGAGUGGACAACUAUGCUGCUUACAACGUUCUGGAGGACCAGGACCUACGAGAAGGGGUCAAAGUCUUCUCCAACUGGCCCACUAUCCCCCAGGUUUACUUCAACGGUGAGUUUGUGGGAGGCUGUGACAUCCUGCUGCAGAUGCACCAGAACGGAGACCUGGUGGAUGAGCUGAAGAAGCUCGGCAUCCGCUCGGCGCUGCUGGACGCGGAGAAGGAAUCCAAGUAAAACUCCAAACGGCUGAGAGGACAGAGGACAGUCAUCACUGCCAGCUAAACUGAUCAUUACAAAUAAACUGGCUCUGAAGAUUAAUGACCUGCAACUCAGCUGGUCAGUCAACGAGACAACGCAAGAAUGCUGUUUCACAAGAUCCGACAGCUGAGGGCUUUAAUCCAAGGUCUGGGAACAGACUUCCCAGGAAUUUCAGAAUUCCUAACACAUUUGUGCUGCUAGUUUGGGAUACACAGAACCCCUAAACGCAAUAAUCCCAUCCCGUACAUGAAUCUGUGUUUAAAUAAAUCAUGGUUUUUAUUUGUAAUAGUUUAAAGACAGCUCAUCAGCCCUCACGUUGUCCUCUGAAAUCUCUGCUGUUAGACAUUUUCAUGAAUCAGUUAAGAAAGAAAAGAAAUGAGCCUCUGACUGACUGGGUCACCUAAAGCUGCCUGGACCGCACGACUGAUGUCAGCUCACUUGAAACCUUCCAGAUGCACUGCCUGUAGCCCGUUAGCACACAGAGCAAACGGGCCUAGGAAAGGUCUAAUCACACAGUUUCUAACUGAACUACUUGCUCUUUUUGCUAAAGGUUAACAUCCAGAAUGUUAGGUUUUAUGUUUGCCGUCACCGACCGAGGAGACGUGCCAGACCAACACGGAUUCCUUCCUCCUGACUAACUUUCUGCCCAGAGGCAGUUAGCUAGUUCGCUCCAAGUCCAAACUUUGUUCUUCUCCCUAAAGGAAAAGUGGUGUUAUAUUUUACUUUUGAGUGUUCUUAAAGAUGUUCCACCUACUGCUGAGUUUAUUAAACAUGUAGAACACUGUAAGAUAUUGUACAUGCUAAGCGUAUCAGAUGUAUUUUAGAGACGUGUUAUCCCUGCAACAAAUAAAUAUUUUGAGACGCGUAA